AUGGAGCAGCGGCCCUGCCAGUAUGACAGAAACCACUCAGGCAAGUGGGUUGAGCAAGGAGCCGUGGCGAAGCUCAGCCUCUUGGCUCUCGACGACCGUCGUGGUCCUAUCGCCCGGGUGUCAUUGCCACCGUUCUUCUACAGCGAGAUGAUCGCCCCAUUUCUGAGUUUCCAUGGCCCAGUUCCUGACCAGCUCUAUGUCAUUGGCGGUCGUGACAACAACCAGGAGCCGCUGGAUGUGGUCGAGAUGUUCGACGCGUGGAAUGGAAGGUGGGUCACGUGCCCAGGAAUGCUGGCCAGGAGGGCAGGAUGUGCCGCAGCAGCUUUGCCCAACGGCUGCUUGAUGGUUUGUGGAGGCUAUGAUGAACAAGGCAUUGUCCGGGGCGUUCUGGACAGCUGCGAGGUGUUUAACCCACUUCAGCAGCGAUGGUCAAAGACGGGUGCAGCCUUACUAAGAGCGCGGUGGGGCCAUGGCUGCUCAUUCUUAGGGUCGGAAGUUUAUGCUGUUGGUGGUUGUGCCCUCCUACCAGGCUCUUUGAUUGGAGAGGAGCUGAUGGAGACCUUGCGCAGUUGUGAGGCGUAUGACGUGACCACCGAUUCGUGGCGAAUUGCUCCGAGCCUCAAUGUGGCUCGUGCGGGUGCAAGGGUUGUGACCAUUGCUGGUGGCAAGUUGGCCGCUGUGGGUGGUUGCGAUGACGUCUUUGGAAGGGCAGAGAUGCUUGCGAGUGUGGAAAUCUUGAAGCAAGGGAAUAGCAACUGGGAGCUCCUGGAUACACAGCUUGGUGUCCCCAGGACCACGGCUGCAGCAGUGGCUCUCGAUGCUGAAAGGAUCCUAGUGAUGGGCGGUGCACCCUCAUUGUCAUCAGCAGAGGUCUACCAUGUCCAGAAGAAAGCGCAGGAAGAUCAAGGAGAGGUUGGGUGCGCCAGCCAGAUCCAGAUCGGAGACAUGGCAGAAGGCCGCAUGGGCUGCCAAGCUGUAGUGAUGACUGCGCAGACUGCAGAGGGCCUGAUCGAAGCUAGACAAACGCUAAGCCGGAAAUCUCGGCAGGCGACUGCUCGACGCUCCACCGUGGUCUCUCCAUUUGGAGCUCCCCAGGAGACGAAGGUCGAAGAGGAAGUUGCUGAAGAGAAGCCAGAGGACAAAAAGAAGUCUGAAGAGAAGCAAAAGCCCAAGCUGCCAUUGACUUGGGACAAUGUGCAAGAGGUUUUGGACGAGCUACGGCCCUACUUGAAGAGUGAUGGCGGCGACUGCAAAAUCUCCGACAUAGAUGGGACCGUUGUAAGAUUGGAACUCAUUGGGGCCUGCAGUAGCUGCUCAGCAUCCUCGGUGACUAUGACAAUGGGCAUAGAGAAGAAAUCGCUGAAAGAGCGAAUCCCAGAAGUCUCCGAGGUUGUGGCUGUGACACCGGAACAGGAGCCACUAACAUCAGCUGGCGUGGAGGAGGUCUUGAAUGGGAUCCGGCCCUUUCUAAGUGUGAGUGGUGGAUCAAUUGAGAUUUUCGAGCUUGGGGAUGGAGACGAUCCAAAGGUGGUGCUCAAGAUGAUUGGACCACCUUUGAAGAGUAUGGCGGUACGAGUUGAGGUUCAGAAUCGGAUCAAGCGGAAGUACCCGGCUGUCCAAGAAGUGAGCAUCGUAGGCUGUCCUGCCUGCGAGAUCCGGAGCUGUUCUGCUGCCUGCGUUCAGGCGCACAAGUCACAGUCUGGCUGCACCGGAAAGCGACCUAGAACUGAGCGCGUGGCACCAUUGAAUGCUUUCACUGACAACGUCCUUCUGCGAGACUUUGGACUCUUAGAGGAAGUGGAUGCAGCUGUCGACCGUGCUGACAGAGACUUGCGGAUCCGAGACGAGGAGAUGAGACUCUAUCAGCCGAGGCGGCACAAGCAGCGCAUACAACUGGCACGGGCCUGUGCAGCACCGGAGCGGCAAACAAGGCUGAUCCUUGCGCCUUUUGCUAUGACCAUCGCUCAAGGGAAUACUUCCAAGCUGGUGGAUGGUGGCAAGGGACGGAAAGGCAAGGGCAAAGGCUCGAAGAAAGGCCGCACAAAGCCGGGCCACAUUUGCUGGCGGGUAGACUGGCACUUUGGCGAUCAGGUCCUCACGGAAAGGGCGCAGCCAGAGCAUGAAGUGGUUGGGCGAGUCCUGGAACGCUUCUUGAAUAACUCAGCCCCGCGCGGGCCAACGCAGCACUUGCUGAUCCCGUACGCAGAGCAAGGAGUGGAGCAGCUCGAGGUUUUCCUUCACCAACCUCCUCGCACUCAAGAGAGCCUCCCGGAACCUUCCGGCGAGCCAGGCGAGCUGUCAGAGGAGUCCGAAGAGACAGAAGCGGAAGCUCCAGAGACUGUGAGGCUGAACCCGCGACCAGAUCCUAUCCUCAGCGCACCCUGGCGCCGCCAAUCAAACAUCCAGCAGGAGUCCGAAGAAAGCGAAAGUGAGGAAAGACAGGAAAGGAAGGACAAUGACGGGAAGGAUCCCCACACAGAUGGCAAGGAAUCGGAGGCGGUGGAAGGCAAAGAAUCAUUCCACCCUUAUGUAAGGCUCGACAAGUCCCGAACACUCCGUGAGAAUCUCAUGGACAGAGCGAUAGUCGAGCAUCCUGUGCUUUAUGUGGCAUUACCGCAGGAGUUGAACCGCUUUCUGGCAGCUGAUUGA